CCGGGCCCUAGCGCGGGGCGCACGCGUGAAGUUGCACCGCACGUGUGAAAGGAAUUCUCGUUUUCAAAGCGUUGGAGAGUCCUGCUAGAGAAGGAGCGCGUCUGGGUCACCGCCGCAGUAGAGCGGGGUUAGAAAUCUGAAGCAAUGGGUGAUUGGAGCUUUCUGGGGCGACUACUAGAGAACGCACAGGAGCACUCCACAGUCAUCGGCAAAGUUUGGCUGACGGUGCUGUUCAUCUUCAGAAUCCUGGUGCUGGGAGCCGCAGCAGAGGAUGUGUGGGGUGAUGAGCAGUCGGACUUCACCUGCAACACCCAGCAGCCAGGCUGCGAGAACGUUUGCUACGACAGGGCCUUCCCCAUCUCGCACAUCCGCUUCUGGGUGCUGCAGAUUAUCUUCGUGUCCACGCCCACCCUCAUCUACCUGGGCCACGUGCUGCACAUUGUGCGCAUGGAAGAGAAGAAGAAAGAGAGGGAGGAGGAGCUGCUGAGAGACGACGCGCACCAAGGGCGGGGCCAGGAGCCUCUAGAAGGGGCUGGUCCUCAGGACAAGACUACUGUGCGAGAUGACCGAGGCAAGGUGCGCAUCGCUGGGGCACUGCUGCGGACCUACGUCUUCAACAUCAUCUUUAAGACGCUCUUUGAGGUGGGCUUCAUCGCUGGGCAGUACUUUCUGUACGGCUUCCAACUGCAGCCUCUGUACCAGUGUGACCGGUGGCCCUGCCCCAACACGGUGGAUUGCUUCAUCUCCAGGCCCACCGAGAAGACCAUCUUCAUCAUCUUCAUGUUGGCAGUGGCUUGUGCCUCUCUCGUGCUCAACAUGCUGGAGAUUUACCACUUGGGCUGGAAAAAGUUCAAACAAGGAGUGACCGACCAUUUCGGCCCAGACACAUCCGAAUCCAGACUGGUGGCCGCAGACCCAUUGCCACUCACUUCCCGCCCACCCACGGUCACUAUUGGAUUCCCACCUUUCUACUCGCAUUAUGCCUCUCCCCUGGGACAGGCAAGCGAAGCAGGGUACCCCGGAGCCCCUCCACCAGCAGCAGACUUCAAAAUGGUAGCGCUCAAUGAGUCACAAGGGAAGGGCCACCCUGCCAAGCUCUACAAUAACCAACACCUGCUGAUGACAGAGCAGAACUGGGCCAACCAAGCGGCUGAGCAUCAAACUCCAGCGCGGAAAGCCUCCUCGGCAGCAUCCAGCCCUGCAGCCCCAAGCCCCGCAGGCAGCAACAGCCAGCGGCUCCCACCCGAGGCUGGGCAGGGAGGCACCGCGCCCCAGCUGCUGGAGGACCGGAGCGGUAGCAGCUUGGAAGAGAGUGCCUUGGCUGUGACACCCGAAGAAGAGGAGCAGGCCUUGACCACCACAGCAGAGAUGCAUGAGCCUCCCUUGCUCCUCAUAGACCCGGGAAGGUCCAGCAAGGCAAGCAGUGGGCGGGCCAGACCAGGUGACUUGGCCAUCUAGCAGUGGUCUCUCCAGACAACUUUAUAAUACUUUUUUUCUAGAAACCAAAACCAAAGCCAAAAUUCAAAUCAGCAGGUAGAAAGAGCCUGAAAUUGAGAGCACGCUGGAGUCCCAGGAGGGUGACAUGGAGCAGAAUCAAUCAGGUUUUCGUGUUUAAUGCUUGCUGUUCUUAACACUGAGUUAUAGUGGAGAUGAUUCCAAUGUUUCUGAGUUUGUGAGGUGGGGCAAAUCUGAGGGCAGCUGUUGGCCUUUAAAGAUAUUCACAGCAGCCCAGCAGCCUGAUUGCUGUUGGGCCUCUGGAUUCUUGCUGUCUCUGUGGGUAACUGUUCUGUUGUGACAAAGCAACAGGUGUCUGCAGCCCUUCAGCUAGGGACAAUUAGGUUUUCUAUUCCUAACCUCUCCAGAGCCUCUGGGCAGCCCAACAAGUCACAGACGCACUUAGCUCUAUCUCUGCUUGGUACUUUUAACCUAGAGUUGAAUUUCAUUUGGGAUAUUUGCCAAACUGCACUAAAAAAAGAUUUAGAGUGAGUCUAUAUACUGUCAUUUGAGUUUCUGAAAUUGGAUGUGAAGCCCAGGAUAUCAAACUACAAGCUUCAUGACAAGUGACAAAGAGCAGUUACCCUCCAGAGUCAGAUUCAGUGAGACAGAGCCACAGAGGUUGCGGGUAGAAGGCAGGUGGAGUCACAGCACCACUUGAAAGCACUUUUCAACAGCUGAGGAAAUGGACAUGGAAGUGUGGCAAGAAUGUCUUAGGUAUUUAUUUUUUAAGUGAUAUUUUGUGCUUUGCUCUGAAUGGUACAGGUAUGCCUACUUUCCCCCCACUUUCUAUCUUUUAGGAAAAAUAGUAUUGUUAAAAUGGUUACUGACACAGAGAAUGAUAAUUUGUCCUAAUACAUACUAGUAAAGAUUUUCAAACUUCCUUUAUAAAAGAAAUUCUUCAAUAUCAUGAGUCAGUUAAUCAUAAAGAGAAUGUAAUAUAUAAAAUAAAAUCGGGGGGAAUUUAAGUGCAUUUCAAAUACUUGAAGUUGUGAAGUUUUUGAAUGGGAAGUUAAAAGUUAACUACUGUUGCCAGGAAAAAUAUUUAUGCAGAUGAAUCAAUGAUCUACACUUUUUUUUUUUUUUUAAAGAAAACAAUUCAAAAUAAAACUCUUCGAGUUUCCUAACCAUUCUUUGUGGGUAGCCUGUUUGCUUUCUAAAGUUUAAAUAAAAGUGUCUGGGUUUUACUGCCUGUGUAAAAGCGUGUGGUGAUUGUGGGGUGUACAUCUUAUUUCUCACCCACAUGAGAGCUGUCCUACCAGGGAAGCUAUUUAUGUAUGUGGGCCCAGCUGGAAGAUGGCAGAAUUUUUGUAUGGCACACACUGCUAUAGAGUCUUGGUCACAAUGUGUUUAUAAACUGAUGAGCAAUGGUAAUUUGAGCCUGUCUCCACUCACACUUUUCACUUCCAACUUCCACUGAGUAUUGUUAGCAAGUAUCUUCAGCCCCUUAUUCAGCAAAAGAUCAUAUAUUUUCCCAUUUCAUUCAUUUCUUUUUAUAAACCAAUUUCCUGGUGAUUCAUGUGAGGCCACACUCUGCAACAUACUUUAUGUUUUAUAUCAUAAAGGGUGAUCCACUAACAAUCUGCUGAAAAGAGUGUGAUUUUUCAAUGAUCUGAUUCAUGUGUGCUACUCAUUUUGCAUAUGAAUCAAACACGGUUCAUUAGUGUGUUCUGCUUGCCCUAGGAUGCCCUGGACAAUUGCCCAGACUUGGAAAAUGCUAGCUUUCCAUAUAUACUGAAAGCAGAAUUAAGACUUUUGGAAAAUUAUUUGAAUGAUUCUUCUCAAUUUUCCUAUCCUGGUGCAUAUCUAGGGCCAUUCUAGAUGCAUAAGUUCUAACUCAUCACAUUGCAGUGGAUGCUUUAGCUUUAGGACAACAGGACUUAGCUGUCAUGAGUGAG